UGUUAAGGGGCACUCUGACAGGCACAUUUUAUGUUAAGGGGCACUCUGAUGGGCACAUUUCAUGUUAAGGGGUCACAAAUGGGCACCUACUGUGGAAAGGGGCACUCUGAUGGGCACAUGUGAUGGAAAGGGGCACUCUGAUGGGGAAUAUGAUGUAAAGGGGCAAUCUGAUGGUACUUUGAGUAAAUACCUGAUGUAAGGUGGCAAUGUGAUGGGCAUACCUAAUGUAAAGGGGCACUCUGAUGGGGACAACUGAUGUAAAGGAGCACACUGAUGGGCACACCUGAUGUGAUGGG